AUGAUUCUUUUAGGACAGCGCCUCUACCGCUUCCUUCCUCCCGACCCUGAAAUUGACAUUCCUUCCGCUAACAACCGCGAUGCUUCCUUUCCGCCAUGGCAGCUUUCGCCUCCCCACGCGUCCCCUUUCACGGGCAAAUCAGCCUGCCGCUGCCCUGAACGCACGUGUCCCAAGUGUGCCUCGCCACUCACAUCCGCAUCCACAUCGAAAUCCGCGUCGGCGUCCACGUCGGCGUCCACGUCGGCAUCCACGUCAGCAUCCACGUCAGCACCCACUUCCCCCGUCGCUUACAAACAAGCGCUACCUUUUUCCACCUCGCCAUCAUCCCACUCGCCUCCCGCUGCGCAGCUCGGCGCGCUCCCCGGCUCCGCCAGCCUUCCGCCUCCGCUCCUCCCAGUCAGCCCGCGAAGCGAACCCCUCUUCCGUACCGCCCGCCACCUCUCUCUCUCCCCCGUUCGCCUCGCUCCGUUAUCACCCUCUUUGCGCCCUUGUGACGUGAACUCCCGCUGCCCCUGCGCGAUCGGGAAUGACGGGAGGAGCAGUGGGAGCGACAGCGAGGAGGGAGGAGAGGAAGGAGAGGAAGGAACCGGCGAGCGGUGCCGCACACCCUCUUUCGCCUCCACGUCACCAUUCGCCGCGUUUGUCCCCGUUACAGACGUCUCCAGUAUCCUCUCCACCCCGCGGGCUCUCCAGCUCUCCAAAUCCGCCAAGAAUCUCGUGGCUGCUGCCUCGGGCAUAGCAGGUGCCAUCAACACGAGCGUGGGUGCAAUCAACACGAGCGCAAUGAGCGACUUCCUUGCGACAAGUGCGAGUCACAUGGAUCGGAUCAUGCGGCGCAGCAGCUCUGCAUCUGCUGUUGCUCCGGUUGUUACCCGCUCGCCUGUCGAGGCUCCUGCUCGGCCGGCUGUAGUAGCCGAAGCUGUAGGUGCUACAGCUGGCCGAGCAGGAGAAGCAGCAGGCGAGGUGGGAGCAGGCCAGGCUUUAGCAGGCGGUGCAGUUGGGGCGGAAGGCGCAGGUGGGUCAGGUGCUGCUGGUGCAGCAGCAGGCACUGGAUUCCAAGAUGAUCGAAGGCGUGCAAUCAGUGAGGGCGAAGAUGGGGGGGAAUGUGCGGAUAUUGCUAGGGUGGGGAAUGGUGCCGGUAUGGCGAUUAGUGAAGCGGAACUAGGUGGAGAGGGACAGGAGGGCCAGCAGCAGGAGCGGCAGCAUGAGCAGCGUGUGCGGUGGGAGGAGUGGCAGCAGAUGGCCGUGCGUUUCCACGAGCAGAUACAACAGAAGAUGCUGACCCCAACAAUGGAGGGGGAAAUGGAUAAGUCCUUCGUGGGGGGCACUGGAGCAGGAUCAAGCAGUCAGUGCGGGUCACUCGAGGCAUCAAGACUGGCAGGGAGUGGCUGUGUUGCAGAUUCCCACACUGACCCUCCUCCUGUUGGUGCCUCAAAUGUUGCUGUCGAGUGCACAGCAGAGGAAAGGCAUUCCUCAGCAGUUUUGGCCAACUCAGUCUUGGUUGAAGGUCCAAUGGAUGUUGUUGGAGCUGGAAUCGGAGAUGGGGGUGGCAGCAGCCAGGGCAGAUGGGAAGUGGCUGGAUGGUUCCGUCAGGUGACUGGAUGGGAAGGCACGGCUGGGGGUGCUGGAUUGCCAUCCGAACGGCUUGGGCUGCUUAGACUCCGCCUCCACUGGAAGCCCGCCGUCGGCAACAAGCUCGAGCUCGCCGUCGAGGCGCGCGUGGGAAGCGGCGCCGCCAAGGGCUGGAUCGCGGUAGGCUUCACGCCAGGUGGCGACGCGGCCACCGCCGACGCGGUGAUUGGGCAAACCAGCACGGCUCCCGUGUCGACCUACACCAUCUCACCCGACGGGCAGGUCAUGCUGACAAAUACCUUCUCUAUCGGGGAUGCGACUCUGGAGCGCUCGCGCCUGCGCGCUGUUAUCCGCUUCACGCGGAGUGCUGGCGACGGCGCUGUGCCCGUGAAGCUCCGUGGGCCGAACAACAUAAUCUGGGCUUACGAUAUCAGCGGCGAGAAGGCGAUUAACUACCAGAACCGUCGAUCGGGCUCGGUCGUGGUCAACUUCGGCUGUGUGGGCGGCGCGCCUGCGGUAGAGAAUCCCCUGAACCCCAUUCCGGGCAGCAAUAGCGGGAUGGCCACUACCAAUGUUCCAGGCGCGCCCGCCUCGCCCGCCGCGCCCGCCAUCGGCUACUGCCCCAAGUCCAGCCUUGCUGGAUACGCCUACUCUGCUAAUCUCGACGGCGGCAGCUUCGUGCUGCACUGGAAGCCCGUGCAGGGUCAGGCGAUUCAGAUGGCUAUGGAGGCGACGGCCGGCAGCGGCGCGUCUAACGGCUGGUUCGGCAUGGGGUGGUCGCGCGACGGGUCCAUGUCGCCGAGCUACUCGGUGAUCAAGAGCGGCUCGUCCCUGGCCGCGUACUACAUCAACGGCUACAAGCGCAAGAACGUGGCGCCCACAAACGAGAUAUCGCUCGGCGCUCCGUCGCUCUCUCGAUCUGCUGCGGGCUCCCUCGUCGCGCGGUUUACUCUGACGGCAGGGGAGGGCAAGAUUCCGCUCAAGCCAUCCGGACUGAACUACAUCAUCUGGGCGUACAGCACGGGCAACCAGGGCAUCGGCUUCCACGGCUCCAACGUCAACGCUUUUCCGACGUUUUGCAGUGUGUCGUGCUGCUGUGAGGAGGACAUUGGGCUGAUCAUUCAGCUCUGUUGUCGUGAUUCAUGUGCAGGGGCUGGGUGA